AUGGCCCCAUCAGGCACGCGGCCCUGGUGGCUGACACGGCAUCCCGGGCGCCCAGCGCGCGCCGCUGUCUCCCGGCCGCCGCCGGGUUCGUGCGGCGCGCCGACUCACCGAGUCGCCAGCCGAGUCCGCGUCUACACCCCCAUCCGACCCGAUUGGCCCCUUCCGGGCUGCCUGCCCACUCUAGCUGGCACGCAGGUGAAGAGGCUCUCGGCUUCCAGGCGGAAGCAGCACUUCAUCAACCAGGCCGUGCGGAACUCGGAUCUUGUGCCCAAGGCCAAGGGGCGGAAGAGCCUGCAGCGCCUGGAGAACACCCAGUACCUCCUGACCCUGCUGGAGACAGAUGGGGGCACACCUGGCCCAGACGAGGGGGACCUGGCACCCCCAGCGGCACCUGGCAUCUUCGCAGAGGCCUGCAACAAUGAGACCUAUGUGGAGGUCUGGAAUGACUUUAUGAACCGCUCAGGGGAGGAGCAGGAGCGGGUUCUCCGCUACCUGGAGGAUGAGAGCAAGACUAAGGCGCGGAGGAGGGGCCCCGCCCGAGGGGAGGACCGGCGGAGAGAGGACCCAGCCUACACGCCCCGCGAGUGCUUCCAGCGCAUCAGCCGGCGUCUGCGGGCCAUCUUGAAGCGAAGCCGCAUCCCCAUGGAAAUUCUGGAGACCUGGGAAGAGCGACUGCUGAGGUUCUUCUCCGUGUCCCCCCAGUCUGUGUACACAGCCAUGCUGGACAACAGCUUCGAGAGGCUCCUGCUUCACGCUGUGUGCCAGUACAUGGACCUCAUCUCAGCCAGUGCUGACCUGGAGGGCAAGCGACAGAUGAAGGUCAGCAAUCGGCACCUGGACUUCUUGCCCCCAGGGCUGCUGCUGUCAGCUUACCUGGAGCAACGCAGCUGAUGACAGUCCUCAGUCCCCCGGCCCACCACCUUGCCCAGUGCCAGGACCUCGCGAUCCUCCACGGAAAUAUUUUUAUUAUUUUAUUAUUUUUAGAAUUUGUCCUUAGAAACCUGCUCUUCCCCUUGGGGUGGCUUCUCUUCCCCUGGCCACCUCCCUGCCCAGCUGUCUCAGAUAAACGUUGGCAGCAAGGGUUGUCCUGGGCUGCCCUGGCCCUAUAGCUGCCCACCCUGGGACUUGUAUUUGGGUGGGGAGACCUGGCCCGGUCACUUCAUGUUUCUUCUUCAUUCAUUCAGCUUUUUCUGCCCAGUCAGAAGCUUAAGUGAGGCGAGAGAGGCUAGGUUUUUAUCACUUUUAAUAAAUUGGGUGUGAUUUGUUGUAGAUUUUAAAAUUUUCCUUUUGGGAAGAAAAACCAAAAACUGCAGUCCCUACUUGACCCCUUCCAGUGUUUGACUUGGAGGGGGGAUUCUCAGGGACGCUGCCCCCAGGAGCAUUGUGUCUUGUGUGCGCAUGUGUGCAUGCGUGUGGCCGCAACCAGACGGAAGCUGUCUUAAGGGCUGGUUCUGCACACUGUGGGGAUGUGUGCCCUCCCCCCAGUGCCUGGACUGGACUCUGGGGCCCUGCCUGCGCCACAUGCCCCUCCCCCACCUUUCUCCCCUUGUGUCCUGGGGGUCCAGGACUUCCUGCCAGAAGUCUCUGCCCUGGGACUGCCUCUUCCUCUUCCCUCCAGCUUGGCUCCGGGCCAUUAUCUCGGUGUCCUGGUGGCUGGCCACCUUGGCUUGGCCCGCAAGAGCAGGGGGGCACCCCCAGUCCGUGUGCGUGUGGCUUGUUUAUGCUGGCAAAAGUAGAGUGUUCAAUAAAUUUCUGGUGCUCUGGUC